UCACUUGAACCGAAAUGUUCCUUCACCUGGUGGGUCUUAUAUUUCUGGUGGCUUUGGGAGCUGGCUCUGUGGACUCCGAGGGCAUCGAGUCCUACGAGAACUACUACAACGAAAUCCACGUGGACGACGAUGAAGCGGAAGCCAAGACCCGGAAUGCCUUGCAAUCGCCUCUCCAGCGCUGGCCGGGCAACAAGAUAUACUACAGGAUAUCUCAGGACUACAGCGAGCAGGAAGUGGCCAAUGUCCGGACUGCCAUGGCCAGUUUCGGUGAACAAACCUGUGUGCAGUUCGAAGAAGUAGAGGGCUCUGCACCUGGGGGCAAGCGGUAUGUGUACUUUAAGAAGUCUCCGAAUAUGUGUGGCACCCGGGUGGGCUAUCAGCCACUGUCCUUCGGGCCCCACGAUGUCCUCCUCAAUGAGCGAUGCCUCACCAUGCCGGCAGUGAUCCAGCACGAGACCCUCCAUCUGCUGGGCCUCUUCCACGAACAAAGUCGUCCCGAUCGCGAUGAGUAUGUUCAGAUCGACUAUGACAAUAUUCCGCGAAAGUACUGGUCCCAGUUCAUGACCAUGGAUCAAACGACCACAUACAAUGUCCCCUACGACUACGAGAGCGUUAUGCACUAUGCGAAGAAUGCUUUCGCCAAGGAUCCCUCGAAGCCCACCAUCCGCGCCCUGGUGGAGGGCAAGGCGGUGGAAAGAGACAUGGGCCAGGUGCGAGGACCUUCAGAAGGUGACUGGACCAAGAUUCGUCUUAUGUACAAGUGCUAAAUGAAAUGGAAACAUACCAAAACGACUUGGAAAGUGAAAAAAACGGA